AGAUUCUACGUCUUGGUGGAGCCAAUCAAGGUCCGCCUAAAAGGGCAUCGUCAUGGCGCUCGAUCGUCUUGGUUUGUCUGCUAUCAGCCAUUAAAGAAAUCACGCACAGCGAAUGCGUCGUUAUCCAGCUCGUAGCAUCCAUGGGCUGGGGUCGUACUUAAAGUGAAACGGAUUGGAGCCGGUAUCACUCUGUGAAGAGUAUGUGUGUCGGAUCCACAUUUGCGCACUGGAGGCCAAACACCUAACAGUGAGUCAGCUCUGCCGUGAUUCCACGACCUCUCGAUCAUUGCCGCUCGCAUAGCAAACACGUAUGUGUACCUCCAGCAGGAAACGUGCAAGCUGUUAGAAGGCUUUACAGGCCAUUCCGAACACCAACCUUCUAUAGGACUGCUAAAGCCCUUGCAUCGUGAAGCCUAGAGUACUGUGGCUACCAGUCAUGGCUACAUCCCGGCCAGCUCCACACUUUCAACUGAUCGACGGCGUUCCACGGUCGCCGCUCCUGGACCCAGACACGGUCCGCGUGGCUCUGAAACAUCGACCCCGAGACGGUGACGUCGUCCUGAUCACCUACCCGAAAUCCGGUAGCCACUGGACGCUACAGAUCAUCCAGCUUAUCCUAAACCGCGGCGAGAGCACCUCAAACUUCGCCGAACUUGUGAAACGAACGCCCUCCCUCGAGGCUCAAGGUCUGAAGUCGCUUGAAGACCUGCAACCACCCAGGGUGGCAAGGACUCACUUCGAUCUGUUGCGGUACAACUUCAAUGAAAAGGCCAAGUACAUCUAUGUGGCGCGCAGCCCCUGGGACGUCUGCGUAUCUUUUUACCACGUAGCGAAGUGCGUUCCUGGGUUUCGUUUUCAAAACGGAACCCUGGAUGACUUCUUCGAGACGUUCUUGAACACAAACUUCGGCUUUGGGCACUACUUUGACCACGUUCUUUCUGGCCAUAGUUUUAAGGAUUACACGAACGUGCUGUUUCUUACCUUCGAAGAGCUGAAGGCGGAGAAACCUUCUGCGGUUCUGAAGAUAGCCUACUUCCUCGGCGAAGAGCACGGCAAAAUGCUGGAAGAUGAUCGAGAAAUCUUCGAUCGUGUGUUGAGGAAGAGUACCAUAGAAUACAUGAGGGGUGCCUUCGACGUUGAUGCCAAAGCGUUUACAGCGGUGUUCACGAAUGUUCGUGAGGUGAAUGCAGACGAUACGUCUGCGACAAAACCGACAGGGGUAGACAAUGCGCCGAAGCUGGAAUUGUUCCGAAAGGGUAGAGCCAAUGACUGGAAAGAAGUCCUGACAAAAGAGCAGAUGGAACGCCUGCGAGAUAAGGUGGCAGCACUGCCACAAGCUUCGAUAAUCAUUAGCCUAUGGAGGGAGUUGAAGAAACAAGAUAACAAGAAGGUUGAAGAACAGAGUCAUGAGCGCAUUUCAGACUAAUCUAUUCCUCGCUUUCCUAAUAAUAUUUUUCUCUAUUUAUCUUUAUGUUAAUACAAGUUUCUUUCAUAAGUCCGAAGUGAUCACUUGUUAUUAAUAAAGUAACUCUUGUUCAUGAA